AUGUUUAGUCUGUUGUCGUCGGCAAUCAGUAAUACGAUGGAAGUGUUGGCGCCGACCAUCGCCGCCGAAGACCAGUUCCAGUGGCACUGGACUCAAGUGAUGGCCUUCUAUGAGACCCACCACAAGACACACAUCUCGUCACCCAUUGAGUCCACUAAUCUUUGCCUUCAUUUUGAGAAAAUGUGUCAAAUCUUAUGCGAAGAACAAACUCAAGAAUCGCAAUCAGAGUCGAGUGAUGACAAGCCCAACACCACUACCACUAUCACUGUCAACGGCUCAGCCAUUGCUCCGUCAAUGGAGUACUUGCUUCAGCACAAGAUAUUGGACACCAUGAGUGUAUUGGCACAAUCGGACAAUCCAUUAGGUCUCACACAACACAUCCUCCACUUCUUCACCACACUUCUGACGAACUCAACGCUUGAAUUACUUCCGCAUAAAUGUGUGUACAGUUCAGUGCAGAAGUUGAUCAUCAUUUGCGGUAAACUCAUCGCCGGUCCCUAUGAGUCCACUGAAGUCCAGUUCCUCACCUGUAUUUGUGACCAAAUUCAUCGAAAUCCGGAUCUAAUCAACUGUUUUCUUAGCGAAUCGUUUGCAUUGAUUAACGCAUUGUUGGCAUUACUUCAGAGUCCAGACCAACAGAUAUCGACAAAGAGUGGCGACGCUCUCAUCCGACUCUUGUCUGUUGUCAACGACAGAGCGGAACAGAUCAUCGCAUUUGAGACACCCUUUUGCAGUAAAAUAGUGGACCAAAUGGUGGCUCUUUAUCAGGCAAUUCCUCGGUCUCUAAGACCGGAACAAUUGGAAAGUGCGGUCAACUGUUGCUUCAAAAGUUCAGACUCGUCAAACGGCACCCCUUUUGAGUCAUUCUCGCCGGCCGUCCGAAAGUUUCUGUGUUUCCUGCGAUGGUUUGUCUUCUAUGAUAUGAUUAUAAACCAUUUGCCCGCAAAUGAAGGCAUUUUGAUGAAGACAUUACUGAAUCACUUGAAGACCGAUUUCCUCGAGUCAUGCAUUUGUCCUGAUUUGUUGGGAAAUGGAUAUAAAGAGGAAUCGGAUGCCAACGAACACAUCUUCUUAACCACAGUCUUACUGUCCAAUUGUUUGCGGAAUACUGUUAGCGAGCCGUUGGCCACAACUGUGGGAGAGUUCCUGUUAAUCGACACGAAAACUGAUUUAUUGAUCGAUAAUCCAAAAUAUAGCGAAACGACAAAUAAACUGAAAAGCAUUUUAUUAGAGCGCUGUCUACUUAUUGAACCCAAAAGUCUUCACACAGUUAUUAGUCUUAAUGAUUGCCAUUCAGGUGUUGUUAUCGACAGCAAUCGGAUUCAGUUGUGUAUGUCUUCGAUGCAGUUGUUUGAAGACAUUCUCAUUAAGCCUUCCGUUUGUAUUGUAAACGAAUUAGUGGUUCAAUACCUGUGUGACAGAUGUUAUUUUGAUGAGUCGGUGCUGACCAGUGACUCCAACCUGGACUCCAGUGAAUUCCAUCACUUGACCACUCCUUCCAGUGCUAACUCCGACGACUUAUUGAACGGAUUUACACCGAAUUUCAAUUACGUGUCCACUUCUCACGUGCAACGAGUCCUGCAAUACUUCACUUCAUUAGUUCCCGACGAACUCAAGAGCUGUCAGUCCAGCGAUGACUUGGGAUAUGAGACAUAUGUAAGAGAAGCGCAAAAACACUUCCAAGAGAUUGGAGUGAUUUGUAACAAAUGGAAGAACUGGUCGACAGAAAACGUGAUUUUAGACGAUUCACAAGAAGUGCAAUCAUCUGAUCAACAGAUUGUUAGUGAAAUUAACGGCGACUCAAAGGUCAGACACAACUCAAAGACCAAAGAGUUUUUUGAGGGACCCUUUCUGUCGAUGAUAUUCGAUAACUUGCAAUAUAUGGUUGAUCUGCCGUAUGAAGUCAACCUCCAAGUGACGUCUUUGAUCUCGAGACUCGCAUUGUUCCCGAAUCAAUACGUUAAUGAAUACCUCUUGGAUCCUACCAUUCCUCUAGUUCGCGGAACUCGAUCUCUGUUUUCAAUUCUGCAUAAACUGGUGGAUGAGUUGCAGAUAUCAGUGCAGGGCUUGAAUGGUCUGAGAGAUAAACUGCAGAUAACCAGAAGAGCACUGUUAGGAGAAUCGGACAAAACGAGUGAAGAAGUGAAUGCAGUGAAUGACGAGAAGACUUCCCGAAUAAUCGAGGCUUUGAUAGUAAUCGAGGAGUUUUGCAAAGAAUUGGCUGCCGUUUCGUUCGUUAAAUAUCACAACACUUUUUGAUUAAAUUAUGAAUUUUAUUCAACAUUUUAUUUUAAUUUCAUUAAAACCGGU